UGAAGCGAGCGUGAGAGCGAGCGAGAGGGUGAUAGAAACGUGGGAGAGAGGGGGCUCGCGCCAGCAGUGUACGAGUACCUCUGAAAGAGAGCGCGCGAGCUUCGUUUGAGCAGUUCGCAGUCGUCGCUCGGUCGAACCUCUUCGACUCUGUUUAUCCGGCACAUGCCACGAGCGCUCGAGUUCCCGUGCCACUCUCACUUCCAAUUAUUCUAUUAACUAUAGAAGCAGCAGAAGUAGUCUUGCUUGGACGAGCGCAGCCGCUCUCGCCCCAGGUCGACAACGUAGAAGAAAGAAGCGAAGUCGCUCAACAACACAGCCGACAACCGGCCAUCGACACCAGCAGAACACGUCUCCUCCUCUCGGAGCUUCGAUCUCAUCAUGAAUUACGGAGAAAUGGGUAGUGGCAAUGGCAAUACGGCGGAGAACAACAGAUGCAGCUUGCGCCGAAUCGCUAGGCACGAGGAGUCCGAGUUCAGUAACGCCAGCAUCCUGAACAGUAUGGAGAAAUUCGUGCGUACCGUGAACGAGAUGGAGGAGACGAUUCUCGUGCCAAGCCGUCUACUGGACUUGGCGGUCGGCGAUGACACGGAUACCAUCUCCGAGAAAGCCGACAAGCAUGGCUGUAACAGCAUCAAAGACAGUCUCUGUAACACCGACCUCUAUCGACUCUAUAACAUCGUCAAUCAGAUGAAGGUCGAACUUCUCUGGUCUCAAGAGAAUCCCACCGAGUUUCUUGCGGAUGAGCUACAGGAGCCUCAGCGCGCCAAGGUUCAGGUCGCGGCGAUGGAACACGCGCGCCUCGGUCAUGCGAGGUGCCCCUCGACGACUUCGAUGCAAAGCCUCCAGUCGGCUUCGUCGUUGGUCUUGAGCAGCUCCGCCUCGGAUUCGGAUUCGGACACCGGUAUCGAGAAUGACUCUGGUCUCGAGAGCGAGGAGCCCAGUGACCGGCUUGCCAACCUCGCUGCCGAGAACUUCAGACGCCACUUACGUGGUUUGCAUCGCAGCAUCAGUCACAUGACCGAGGCCGCGGAAUAUCUCACCCUCAGAUAUCAGGCGGACGUCGGGGGGCAGGUUUGAUAGCGCGGCCCUGGCGAGGGCUCGCGUCAUCAUCGUACCUUAUCAUUUCACUUCUUUCACUUCGCUGCGACGAAAGCCAUUGACGGACGAGACACUGUCCGUCGCCGUCAGCCCAUCCAUUUGUUGAAGCUACCAAGCGAUCGGAAAGCGACCUAGAGGACGAAUGCCAACGAAUUGACGCUCCUCUCCUCAUCAUCCUCUUGCUCCUCCUUCUCGUUCGACCAUGAUCGUGCUCGCCACGUCUUGGCCGCGUCCCUUUUAUCUUUAUUUUAAUUUGUUCUUCGUGUCUUUUUAUGCGACCCCCCUCCCCCAACAU